ACCUACUUCUAGGUUGGGUCGAACCUUCGACUCCGACUCAACAACUUUAACGGGACAGUCGCAUCUACAACCAGAUUUCUCAUCUUCUGCAGCCCGUGUUCUCUAAGAUGGCGUUUAAUACAUCCUUCUUCAAUGAUCUUACCGAUAUUUUCUCUAAGCAAGAUGGCUAUCAACUUGCACAAACAUUAUCGCCGGAUAUUCCGACCGAAGAACUGAGGAAGAUCUGCAGGAGUCAAAAUGCUCACAGUAUCAAGGGUGCACUUAAGCGCGGACUGAAUGCACUCACUGUCGACUUUGAUCAGCAAGAAAUCCACGGCUGGGUGGAGGUGUACGCGGCAUACUGGAAUGCCACUGGUGUGAUACUGGCAGCGCGAGAAUCGAGCAAUGACAGCAGUAAGUCAUCAAGUUUGCUCUGGACCAAAGUUUACGAGACCUGGACGGAGCUACUGAAUGUCGUACUUCGGGGGUACCAGAACUGGGGCUUCGAGGCAUGGACUAUCCCCUGCAUGUACGUCGUAUGCAAGCACCUGCGUAUUUUCGCGAUGCAAGCAGACGAAGAGCGGAACAACAACAGCUCGUUCGACGAUGCUGCAGCGAUUCUCCAAGACGACUUUGACCCGGAAACCAACAAGCGCCAGAAGUUGGAAGACUGUGCCAGGGUCCUGUCCAGAGUCUUCAUGGUCUGCCAGACAGAUAGGGCACCACUUGAAGAAUCCCGCAAGUGGGGCAGCUACUACAUCGCCAACCUGCUUCUCAAGACAUACUUCAAGUUGAACUCGGCAUCCCUGUCCAAGAAUAUACUCAAUAGCCUUCGUGCGGGUGGGCGAGAUAUGCCCGACUUUUCAGCCUUUCCGAAAUCUCAACAAGUGACCUUCAAGUACCACGAAGGCGUCCUUGCCUUCUUGGAGGAGAACUACGUCUUGGCGGAGCAAUGCUUGACGGAGGCAUGGAACCUCUGCCACAAGGACGCCAUGAAGAAUAAGGAGCUUAUUUUGGGGUACCUCAUCCCGUGUCAUCUCAUCAAGAGUCACACUCUUCCGGCAGAAAAGUUACUGGAGCCGUUCCCGGAACUGCAGAGGCUCUUCCUGCCUCUCUGCCGAUGCAUCAAAAGGGGAGAGCUGCACAAGUUCGACCUAGCGCUGCAGGAAGGCGAAGAUGAAUUCGUCAAACGCCGCAUCUACCUCACUCUGGAGCGUGGCCGAGACAUUGCGCUGCGAAACCUACUUCGAAAAGUCUUCGUCGCCCGUGGGUUCGAGGAGGCCAAGGAAGGAGAAAAGCCGGCUCGCCGCACUCGCGUCCCAGUGGCCGAAUUUGCCGCUGGUAUUAGCCUCGGAAGUCAAGAAAAAAUCGACAACGACGAGGUCGAGUGCUUGUUAGCCAACAUGAUCUACAAGGGCCAUAUGAAGGGAUACAUUUCCCGACAGCACGGCAUUGUCGUGCUCAGCAAGUCAGGGGCUUUUCCCGGUACCAACGUGUGAGGGGGCCGGGUUCCGUUGGCGGAAGCCGACAGCAGGCUUGUCAUCCCUUGCAGCUCGGCCGAUUUGCGGACCAGCCAGUGCUCACUUCGAAAGCGGCGGCAAAGUGGACCACAGGAUUUGGUCCCGUCGAUUUGUCUCAUGUCGCGGUUCGAAAUACGGCGGGACAAUGGGUAGUUGU